GGAGUUCAUUGAGCUCUUGCAUCGGACGACCGCAGACUGAAACUCGUACACCAAUCUGAAACACAACAAUGCAUUCUACCAUGAUCCUCCUGGGUGUCCUCCUUGGCUUGCUGACCCAGGCGUACACUCUACCUGUUAAGAAUUCUACAGGAGUACAUGAGGGAAAAGUGAGGUUGAAAAGGAAAUACUCAGAUGAAAUCACAGACCGUGAGGAAAUGAAUGUAAUGGAUCAAAUCCUGGAGGUCAACAGCAGAUUGCGAGCCCCUAGAGGACUGACAUUCAGAGAGGGAGACAUUGCCAGCUCAUACAUACGGAGUGCGAUAACCUGCCCUGGCAAUGCCUGUCUGUGGCCUAAAUCAGUUGAUGGAUUUGUUUAUGUACCAUACAUCCUCUCUCCACUAUAUGACGACAUGGACAGAAUCACCAUAGAAACUGGGAUGCAAGACAUUUCCUCUGGAACAUGCAUUAAAUUUGUUCCACGCACUCACGAAGGCAGCUUCCUUGACAUUCAGCCAAGAUAUGGCUGCUGGUCAUUUCUGGGGCAGACUGGGGGAAGCCAGACCUUGUCACUUCAGACUCCUGGGUGCAUGUGGUCAGGAGUGGCCGCCCACGAGUUCAUGCACGCUCUUGGUUUUGUACAUGAGCAGUCCCGCUCAGACCGAGACCACUAUGUGACAAUUGUAUGGAAAAACAUCAUGCCAGACCACAUCCAUAACUUCAGGAAACAAGUGACAAACAAUCUCAACAGCCCAUAUGACUACAGCUCUAUCAUGCAUUAUGGAAGAUACGCUUUUUCUGAAGAUGGUGGACCAACAAUAAUCCCAAGACCAGAUCCUUACAUUCCCAUUGGCCAGCGAGAUGGACCCAGUGCUCUAGAUCUUCAUAAAAUAAAUGUCCUUUAUAACUGUGGUGCCAAUGAGUAACUGGAUCCAGAGCAGUGCUUUCUGUUAUUCUGCCAUAUCUGUUAAAUCUGCUCUCAGGUCAUGUCAGAUGGUUCAUUAUAAGUGCUGAUCUUCAGCAGAUUAUAUGGGAAACUAUCAAUUUUUAGUGAUUUUAUUCUUCUUUAUUAAUAUCACUAAUUAUUAUCCCAAAUUCUAGUCUGAAUACAAUCCACUAAAGCGCCAUAAAAUUAUCAUAAAAUGAACUAAAGGAACCAGUGAGAACUGAAAGCUGCUGCAGACUGAAACACCAGUUCUUGCAUGGCUGCUGCUGCCAAUUAAAUCACUGCAUCCACUCUCUGAAUGAUGUUGCUCCAUUUUUCCAUUUUCUGCCUCCUCCUCAGCUUCUGCUUACUUUCAAUAAA